AUGACCGUCCCUCUCGCCGAUCACCCCAUCGAGACGCCGCCUCGCGCGCCCUCGCCUGUUCACAACUUUGGCACCCUUGCCGUCCACGCUGGCAGCCCCCACGACCCCACGACCGGCGCCGUCAUUGAGUCCAUCUCCCUGUCGACGACCUUUGCCCAGACUGCCGUCGGCAAGCCUGUCGGCGAGUACGAGUACUCGCGCUCCUCGAACCCCAACCGCCACAACUUUGAGACGGCCGUCGCUGCGCUCGAGAAGGCCAAGUACGCCCUCGCCUUCUCUUCCGGCAGCGCCACCACCGCCGUCGUCCUCCAGUCGCUGGCCGCCGGCUCGCACGUCAUCUCCGUCUCGGACGUCUAUGGCGGCACCCAUCGCUACUUCACCCAGGUCGCCAAGGCCCACGGCGUCAAGGUCACUUUCACGCCCGAGAUUGAGGUUGACAUCUCGGCCCACAUUACGCCGCAGACCAAGCUCAUCUGGAUCGAGACGCCCUCGAACCCGACCCUCCGUCUCGUCGAUGUGCGCGCCGUCGCCACCCAGGCCCACCAGCACGGCAUCCAGGUCGUCGUCGACAACACGUUCCUGUCCCCCUACGUCCAGAACCCACUUGACCUCGGCGCUGACAUUGUCGUUCACUCGGUGACGAAGUACAUUAACGGCCACUCGGACGUUGUUAUGGGCGUCGCCGCCUUCAACUCGGACGACCUCCACGCUCGCCUCUCUUUCCUUCAGAACGCCAUCGGCGCUGUCCCCUCGGCCUUUGACUCGUGGCUGGCUCACCGCGGCCUCAAGACGCUGCAUCUUCGCGCCCGCGAGCCACGCGCAACGCUACGGCCGUCGCCACGGCCCUCGAGGCCUCGCACAAUGUCAUCGCCGUCAACUACCCCGGCCUCGACUCCCACCCCCACCGCCACAUUGCCCGCAAGCAGCACCGCGAUGCCAUGGGCGGCGGCAUGCUCUCCUUCCGCAUCCGCGGCGGCCACGCCGCGGCCGAGAGCGUUUUCUGCCAGGCUCACCCAAAUUUUCCACCUCUCGCUGAAGUCCUCUCGGGCGCGUCGAGUCGCUGGUCGAAGUCCUCUUCGAAGCAUGACCCAACGCCGGCAUCCCCCGCGACCAGCGCAAGGCCGGCGGCGUCUUUGA